AUGGCGAGUUUUGUUACGACUUAUAUGGACAACGAAGCGCAAUCCCUCAUGGCAGAUGCGAUGGGGAAGAACUUUAUCGACUUUGAACAAUACCCACAGACAGCGCGGAUGCAGACGCGCUGCGUGAACAUGAUCGCCGACCUCUUUCACGCGCCUACAAACGCCCACUACCACCAAGAGAACCAACAACAGCAACUUGGACAGGAACAGCAAGCCUCGACCGAAGGCGCAAUGGGCACAUCAACUGUGGGCUCCUCCGAAGCAAUCAUGCUCGGCCUGCUGGCUAUGAAAAAGCGCUGGCAAAAGAAACGCCGCGAAGCCGGCAAGGACACAUGUUCCCCGAACCUCAUCAUGAACAGCGCAGUUCAGGUCUGCUGGGAGAAGGCGUGUCGGUAUUUCGACGUCGAGGAACGGUAUGUGUACUGCACGGAGGAGCGGUACGUGAUUGAUCCAACGCAGGCGGUGGACUUGGUCGACGAGAAUACAGUUGGGAUCUGUGCGAUCUUGGGGACGACGUAUACGGGGCACUAUGAGAAUGUGCAGGCGAUUAAUGAUUUGCUUGUGGAGAGGAAGAUUGACUGUCCGAUUCAUGUUGAUGCGGCCAGUGGCGGGUUCGUUGCGCCGUUUAUCUGUCCGGAGCGCGUGUGGGAUUUUAGGCUCGAGCGGGUUGUCUCGAUCAAUGUCUCGGGCCAUAAAUAUGGACUUGUCUACCCCGGCAUCGGCUGGGUCUUCUGGCGCUCCCCCGAGUUCCUCCCCAAAGAACUCAUCUUCAACGUCAACUAUCUCGGCUCCGAACAAGCAACAUUCACACUCAACUUCUCCAAAGGCGCCGCACACAUCAUCGGGCAGUACUACCAGCUCAUCCGGCUCGGCCGCGACGGCUACACAGCCAUCAUGCGCAACCUCGUCACCAUAUCGCAGCAGCUCGCCAGCGGCCUCUCAGACCUCGGAUUCCAGCUGCUGAGCGAUAACUCCGGGGAUGGGUCGGGCGGCGUCCCGCUGGUUGCUUUCAAACUCCCUGAUGAUGAUAGCAGGCUGUAUGAUGAGUUUGCGCUGUCUGCUGUCCUGCGUCGGCGGGGGUGGGUUUUGCCAGCGUAUACGAUGGCGCCGAAGAGUAACCGUUUGAAGAUGAUGCGCGUUGUUAUCCGGGAGGAUUUCACGGCGCACCGGGGAGGGAUUCUGAUUGAGGAUAUGAAGAUGGCGAUGAAGUGGUUGGAGGAUAUGGAUGAGGAGACGAUUGAGCGGUAUACCAGGUACCUUGCCGAGCAUGGAACUAGUCUUCCGAAUGCGCAUCCGUUCUACGGUGGCGAGGUGCAUUCGCUUCAGGGGAGGACGGGCAAGACGCAUGCUGUCUGCUGA